AUGUCUCGCAAGAUCCGUACCGCUCAGUCUGUUUCUUUUGACACUCCUGCCUCGGAGCAGCCGUAUCUGCACAAUCGAUGGCAUCCUGAAGGUAUGAAUCAGACUGUCAGGAUUGAAUGUCUGGACUGGACUGGAGGCCAGAUACAGAACAAUGACAGCGCAGAUGACGUACGUGACGUUGAUCUGACAAAGAUCCAUUACCUCACUGGUCCUUUUGACAUCAAGGGCAGCGAGCCUGGAGAUUUGCUGGUUGUCAACAUCACUGAUGUCCAACCCUUUGAUCACUCGCCUUGGGGUUUUACUGGAGUGUUUGCCAAGAAUAAUGGUGGUGGGUUCUUGGAGGAGCAUUAUCCCAAUGCUUCCAAGGCUAUCUGGGACUUUGACGGUGUCUACUGCACGAGCAGACACAUUCCAGGGGUCCGCUUUGCCGGCUUGAUUCAUCCUGGAAUUUUGGGAUGUGCUCCAUCUGCUGAAGUUUUGGCAGAAUGGAAUCGUCGAGAGGCUGAUCUGGUGUCGUCCAUGGCUCAUUCGCAUCCAAACAAGGUGGUUGCACAGCCCCCGAAUGCACAGAAUGCACAUGCUGGACAGGCCAGUGGUGAUGUGUAUGAGAAGAUUGCUCGAGAGGGAGCUCGCACCAUUCCUGGACGCCCGGAGCACGGUGGCAAUUGCGAUAUCAACAACAUCUCGCGAGGUUCUACGACGUAUCUGCCUGUUCAUGUUGCUGGAGCCAAGUUUUCUGUGGGCGAUCUUCACUUUAGCCAGGGAGAUGGAGAGAUUAGCUUCUGCGGAGCCAUUGAAAUGGCCGGUAUCAUUACCAUCAAGUUUGAUCUCAUCAAGAAUGGCAUGAAGACGAGAGGACUCAAGAGUCCAGUUUUCAAGCCAGGAGACAUGGGACCUUCAUACGGACCAUCCAGAUACCUCAUCUUUGAGGGGUUCUCUGUUGAUGAACAAGGAAAGCAGCACUUUAUGGAUGCAACUGUGGCAUACAGACAGUCCUGUCUUCGAGCCAUUGAGUAUCUGAAGCAGUAUGGCUACACUGGUGAACAAAUCUAUCUCCUCUUGUCUAGCGCACCUGUCAGAGGCACGAUUGCUGGGAUUGUUGACAUUCCAAAUGUCUGUACAACUCUGGGUAUACCGAUGGAUAUCUUUGACUUUGACAUUGCCAUUGAGAACGAGCCUGUCAAGAGGAACCUAGGAUCUUGUCCCGUGUCUAUUUAG